AGUCAGCGAGCGAGGUAUUUCAACGCUUGAACUCAGAGAGCUUUGGGGACAUUGAAGGUGUUUUCAUGGUGACCGAUGACAUGAUCAUAGCGGCAUCCACCAAAGCAGAGCAUGAUGCCAUCCUAGAGAAAGUGAUGAACAGAGCGGUGAGUCUAAAUGUGAAAUUCAACAAAGACAAGUUGCAGUAUAUGGUCAGUGAGGUGACUUACCUUGGCCACGUUAUCACCGCAGAGGAAGUGAAGCCUGAUGAGUCCAAGGUUUCAGCGAUAUUGCAAUUUUCCCCUCCCACUGACAGAAAAGCCCUUCAACGUCUGCUAGGUAUGACACGCUAUCUGUCGCAAUACAUUCCCAAUGAAGCCACCCUCACUGCACCGCUCAGGCUGUUGCUAAGGAAAGAUAUAGACUGGCAGUGGCAUCCUGAACAGCAGUCAGCACUUGAAAAACUCAGAACAGCCAUAGCAACUGCACCUGUUUUAGGCCAUUUUGACCCAAAGGAGCCUAUAGAAGUGCAGGCAGAUGCCUCAAAAGAUGGCUUGGGGGCUGCUCUAAUGCAGAAUCGGCAACCGAUUGCAUAUGCUUCGAGAGCACUAUCUGUGGCUGAAAAGAACUAUGCCCAGAUAGAAAAAGAACUACUGGCCAUAGUAUUUGCUCUGACAAAGUUCCACCAGCAUGUUUACGGUGUGCCCAUUAGAGUUCAGUCGGAUCACAAACCACUUGAGGCAAUAUUCUCCAAACCCAUAGGUGCUGCACCAGCACGUCUUCAAAGAAUGCUGCUCCAGCUGCAAAGGUAUGACAUUCACAUUGUUUACACUCCAGGCAACCAGAUGCUCAUCGCAGAUGCCCUGUUCAGAGCGUACAUUCAGUCUGAUGCAACAGAGAGUCUAGACCUGAGCGAAGAGAAAGUCAUCUACGCAGUGAAUGGAGAAUCGCUCUGUGGUAACAUCAUGCACAUGAUCCAACAAGCCACACAGUCAGAUCCUGAGCUUCACCUGAUACGGCAGCUACAUGAGCAAGGAUGGCCGGACAGAAAGAAAAAUGUCCCACUGGCUGCUCAAGCUUACUGGCCAGUCAGACACACUAUUAGCAUAGAUGAUGAGCUACUCAUGAAAGAUGAUCGCAUUAUCAUCCCUCGUGCACUGCGACCAGAAGUGCUGAAACGACUUCAUGCGGCACACCAGGGUAUACAGCGGUCUCUAGCUCAUGCCAGAUCAUGCUUCUACUGGCCAGGACUCACUGAAGCCGUACGUCACAUGGUGGAAGCCUGUAGUUGCUGUCAAGAGAGUUGUCCUGAAAAUCAAAAGGAGCCACUUAUCUCACAUCCAGUUCCAGAGGGACCCUGGCAGAAAAUAGCCGCUGACAUUUUUGACUUUCAAGGGCGUUCAUUUCUCUUGAUUGUGGACUAUUUCUCUAAAUAUCCAGAAGUCCUACAGCUGUCAGACAAAACAUCAGGCUCACUGAUAGCACAAUUCAAGGCGGUGUUUGCAAGACAUGGUGUGCCUGAGAUCCUGAUUGCAGAUCAUGUACCCUUUGCCAGUGCUGAAAUGGCUCGAUUUGCUCAUGACUGGGGUUUCAACAUCACACACUCCAGUCCAAACUUCCCUCAGUCCAACGGCAUGGCGGAGCGAGCCAUAAAAACUGUCAAAACUAUGCUGAAAGCUGCUGCUGAGUCUGGCACUGACCCUCACCUAGCUUUAUUGACUCUCCGCAACACUCCUGUCACUGGUCUCAAAUACUCUCCAGCCCAGAUCCUUAUGGGUAGAGUCUUACGUUCCACUUUGCCGGCCAGCAAAGCUGUUCUGCAACCUUCUAUACCUAAACACAUCCAGGAAGCGCUGCAGCAUCUUCAGUCAAGGCAAAAGAGAUGGUAUGAUAGAACAGCAGCUCCACUUCCAGCCUUAAAGGGGGGACAGAGAGUAUAUAUGAGAAUCAAAAACACAUGGAAACCAGUUACAGUUGUCAGUAUCCGAGAUGAGCCCCGCUCAUACGAUGUUGUCACAUCAUCGGGCACAAUCUACCGCAGGAACAGACGCCACCUCAGGCCUGACAGGUCAAUCAAACAUGACUCACAACCUGACUGCUCCAUGUACACUGACAAUGACUUGUGCAAAGACACUGUUCCAAAAGCUGCCCCAACUGAGCUACCUCAAGAUGUGGAAAGGAGUGCGCGAGGUCCGGAAUGCACAAGAGCUGGACGUAUUGUCAGACAACCGGCAUGGCUUAAAGAUUUUGUGCUUACUUAAGUAUGAUAGGCUAGUGUUUAUAUUGCUUGUUCAUAGCAAAUGUUUAUUUUAUACACUGGUGAUAUUUACAACAUACUAUACUUGCUUUAUGCCUGAUUAAUACUUUGUUUAAAGCUUAAGAAGGGGGAUGUAGUAUAUGCAGUGAAUGGUUCUGUCCAGGACACCCCCAUAUAGUUUGUGUAGUUGGUAUGACCCACUGGUGUAUGGCAUGUUGCCAACUUGGCGAGUUAAGUUCAUGGCAUGCUAGUAAAGAAGCUGAUCGAUAUAAAAUCCUGUGCGUACGUGUCUUAAUGUUAACUAAAGUUUAACAAAGACCACAACACCUAGUGCAGGUUUAUUGCAGAUACAUUAGGUGAAAACAGGAAUAACAGGUGAGUAGAACUGAACUGAAAAUAACAGUCAAGAGAAUGUCUGAGGAUCCACACAAGGAAAUAACAACAUGCAAAAUCAGUUCAUGUGCAAACGCUGCCUGUUAAGUCAUUUCCUGAUAAGGCAGUGAGGCAACAAGUCAGCUGACUAAGCUUUCGGAUGCAGCCCUUGUGUUUGACUGCUGGUAGAUGAGGAACAGGUGUAAGUACCCCCCUCACUCUCCCAAGAGUGAGUGGGCAGCACCUGCGCACUCUCCCAAGCCUAGCAGGGAGAGUGAAUAGAGUGUUAAUAGAGAUGGAGAGCUGGGUGGAGCAGGAUGUGACGUGAGCCAUGAAUAAAAAACAAGUCUAGCAGGUAUAUGGUCCUUUAAUGUUUAUAUGGGGACAGAGAAAACAAAACUCUUCACAGAGAAAACAACAACGCAGCCUUGCAGUUGGAACCCGGACCCUGAUAUAUUUGCUUCCAAAAUGAAUGAUAUGGACAACAAUGAGACUUCUAAUAGACAACCAUCAAAUCAACCAUCAAAUAUGUCAUGGGGCUUUUUAUUUGCCCCAUGCUUUAUUGCAAUUAUCUUUGUUGGAGUACAGAUGAACAACCAGGUAUGU